AUGAAGGUUUCGGGCAUAGUCGCAACCGUUUGCGCUACCGCAGCGGCGGGAACCCCGUUGCCGGGACGAAGUGAAGGUUUGCCGGACCCCUCAGCGCCAAUUGUCAACCUUAAACAAGGCACCGUGAGAGGCUUUGCCGACGCUGGGAACACUGUUUUCCUAGGCAUCCCGUUUGCCGAUACGACGGGUGGAGCGAACCGAUGGAAGCCACCGCGGGACAUUCCUAAAGCAAAGAAGGGCACCGUUUUUGAUGCGACGGCAUAUGGCCCAACAUGCCCGCAAGCCAUCUCAGGCACAUCAUACUCACAGCAGGGUGAGGACUGCCUGAACCUCAAUGUCUGGGCUCCGUCUCCAAAUUCCACAGAGUGUGCAUGUGAAAGCAAUGGCCUACCGGUCUUUGUUUGGAUGUACGGAGGGGCUAUGGUGACUGGCUCGAGCAGCAACCCUGCUUACCAAGGUGCCAACUUUGCACGCAAAGGUGUCAUUUAUGUCAGCUUCAACACUCGUGAAAGUAUCUUCGCGUAUCCCAACUCGGCUGAGCUCCAGGGCAAGAAUGAGUCUCAAAACUUCGGCAUCUUGGACGUAGACAAGGCUCUGCAAUGGGUUCAUGACAACAUUGCUGCUUUCGGCGGUAACCCUAACCACAUCGUCUUCGGUGGCCACUCGUCUGGUUCAGUCCAGGUAGACCACUACCUAUGGAACCAUCCUGAUACCUUCUUGGUUGGUGCCGUCCAGAUGGCCGCCAACGCGAAGUCAGGUCCCGCUGUUGCUCCUGUGAAUGAAGCGCUUGACAUUGUCGCUGCGGAAGUUGGCUGCUCUACCGGCAAAGGUCAACUCGACUGCCUCCGCAAGGUCGACGUGUACGCCUUCCAAACGGCGAACUUCAACGCGACUUACAACACCUGGUUCACUCCUGCCGUGGAUGAGAUUACCCGCUACCAGAACUACGAAGCACGCUUCAAGGCCGGCAUGUACGCCUCGCACGUACCUCUUCUGACCGGCAACUCCAAUUACGAGGGCGCUCUCUUCGGUCUCGUAUACUCAGGCGAGAACACCAACUUCACCAAGUGGAUCAACCUCUUUGAUGCCGACGUUGCUAAUGUCCCUGACGACAAGCUCCUAGCUGCGUACAACCAGGCCGACUACGACACCGUGUCCGAGAUGAGCGGCGCGCAGUACGGUGAUGCUCGCUUCUUCUGCCCCGUAGACUACCUGCUCGAUUUGCGCAGCACUAAGCAGAAUACCUGGAUCUACCGCUUCUUCGCAAACUACUCGCAGGGCCUACCAGUCAAGGCGCCGACCCACGGUGCCGAGAUCCCCUUUUUCUUCGGUGGAAACGAGGUUUUCGAAGGUCAAGAUGUGACGACGGAGGACCAGGCGUUGGCUGAUUACCAGAACAACUGGUUCGUGGAGUGGAUCAAGAACCCUACUGCCGGGCCUGGGUGGAACAAGGCCAGCCCCAAGCAGGGUACUCUUGCGAAGUUGGGUGUUCCGGGCAAUGACUUGACUAUUGAGCUUGCUUCCACAUCUGACUACAACGGAAAAUGCCAGUCGGUCUAUAAUCCGUACCUUCCCAAAUACCCAGUCAUCCAGAGCGUUUAUGCUUCAUGA